GAUGAAAGCUGUAUUGAUAGUUUCACUGACCCAACUACGACCACCGGCGAGAAUGGUCGAGUGGGAGGAGCCUGUAACGCUGAUGGGGUGUGUCUACCCUGUAAGGUGUGCGGUGACAAGUCAUCUGGUUUUCACUACGGCGUCAUGGCCUGCGAGGGCUGUAAGGGUUUCUUUCGAAGAAGCAUUCAGAAGAAGAUGGAGUACAAGUGUCACUUUUCCGGGAACUGUCAGAUUGAGAGAGUUAAUCGCAAUCGAUGCCAGCAUUGCAGAUUUAGAAAGUGCCUCGCUGUUGGAAUGUCAAAAGAAUCUGUGAGGAUUGGACGCUACUCGAAGCGAGUCAAGCAGAAUAAUCUUGAUGAGAUCCGCAAAUUGGCAACACGGCCAGAGACAGCAGAAGAUAGAGAGGCACGUGAGAAACGCGAGAUGGCGAUCUAUACGAUGAGCCAGACGAUCCUCCAAGCAAUGGAUGCUACGUUCCUCUACGAUAAGAAAACAGUUCAGUCGUUACUUGAUAGACGCUCAGAACUCAUGGAGAGGUUGAAUAGUAGUGGUGCCCCCGUGGUUCCUGACUCCUUCACGUCAGACUUGAGGGAGGAAGAGAAGAAAAAUAGCAAAACCUUCGCAUGGAAGGUAUUCCUUGAGGCAAUCUCACCAGCCAUCCGGAGGAUAGUGGAAUUCGCUAAGUGCCUUCCAGGCUUUAUGAAGAUACAGCAGUGUGAUCAGAUGCAGCUUCUAAAGCAGUCCUACUUCGAGGUCUGGAUGAUCCAAGUCAGUCCCCUGGUGUCUCACGCCGAUCGCAGCCUCAUCCUCGGAAACAACACCCUCCUCGAUUCCCGCCUCCUGGACAGCAUGGGACAGGACAAUCUAUGGCGGCACAUCUUCGAGUUCACCCAAUCUCUCAGUAAACUGAACCUCACCGAGAUGGAGACGUCACUAUUCAUCGCAUCCACCAUUAUUAAUUCAGAUCGUGCUGGUCUCCGUCGAAGGACAGAUAUCGAGCCUCAAUCGGAGCUGAUCAUGGAAUGUCUGAGACGAGAGCUGAGCCGCAAAGAUCCUCAGGAGACGAGACGCUUCUUUCACUUGGUAACCAAGAUGCAGCUCAUGCGCUCGACCUCGUUGCUCCAGGCGGAGUCGUUGCUUGGUUUUCGUCUGGAGUAUCCAUCUAUCCCGGUCCCGCCUCUCUUGGUUGAGCUGAACGAGGCAAUAGGAGACCCGCCCAAACCGGACAUUCAUGACCUGUGCAGUGGUAUGAUGAAUGAUUCCAAUGGAAAUAUAAACAAAAGGUGCCCCGACAUCUGGGAGAAGCUCCCCCUACCAAAGCUGAUCAAAGGCUGCGGUUUGUUCCACCCUCCCAAGUCCGUUUGCGGCGUACCUACCAACGUCAUGCCGACCAUACCCAAGGAAGAGAAAGGGGAACGUACAAGCUGUUCCGCCUCCAGCCAACCCUAUCAGUGAAUCUCGCUCUCACUAGCCUAUUGCCUUGUGUUCGAUAUGAUGGUUGUACGUGUGACUUUGCUUCAGUCAAAUGUGUUCGACAGGCGAAAUAUGACUUAGGAGAUGUUAUUAACACAUGUUUGGCAUAAUUUGUCUGAAAUAAUGCUCUGAGGUAGGCGAUUAUUCAGAGUCGACUGUACAUACCUGACUCUGAGCGAUUGAAGGGACUUAUUGUGAAAAUCUGUUGCAUGAAAGAGUAACUGGGUAUUCUUGGUCGCUUCAUCUUUGUACUCAAUUUCUUUCCUAAAAUGGUAGAGGUUUAAUAACAAGAGGACUUGAAAUUAAUAUCACUGAUGUCAUCAUUAUGAUUUCAGUCAAAUUUGUUGUUGCGUGACAAAGUCACAAUGGUCGAUCCAGAGCUGGUACAUGGGCAUUAUCAUGAAUACAUUCAUGCAUUUGUAUCAUCAACUCCAAGCUUGAGAAGGCAUCGUGGCUCGGUGCAUUCACCGAAUGUUUCCAUUGCCACCUACAUGUAGUCAUUUCACAGUGGCUGCACAGCGUAGAACAGACCCUGAACCUUGAAGACCUUAUAAGCAGCUCUUCCAAGCUAAACUAGGAUAUGACAUGCUGUGACAGUAGAUGGUGGUGCAGACAAUCGUGUUGGGUUUCUAUUUCAAAUAAAAAUGGAGAAGUGCAAGUACAAACCAUGUGCCUGGGACUUACAGCAUCCUGGAACCUACAGGAGGUUCUCACCCUCUGAAGACAGGAAGUGCAGCCUUUUGGAAGACAGUAGCGACUCUUAUGGUAGUAAUUAAUCGUCAGGGAUGGAGAAGGGUAAGUGAACUGGAGAAGUAAACCCAUGCUCCCAGCACUUACAGCAUCAUGGGACCUACAGGGGGGUCUAACCCUCUGAAGACGGGAAGGGCAGCCUCCUGGAAGAGGCGACUGUUUACCAGUAACCGUCAGGAUGUAGUAGAGGGCGGUACUUCCGAGUCAUGAGGCCGCAGGAGAAUACCUUCUCACAUACACUGUGUACACUCGACUCGUCCCCAUCACCAAGGUCAAGGCCAGCAAAAAUGUGUCCUCGGGGCCGGCUUUGACUACAUCCCGGUAACCGCACGAUCUUGUAGAUGGUUCCGGAUGCGGAUCGUAACCGAGUGAGGAUGCCUUGACGUAGAAGUUUCCCAUCGUGUCCAUAACACAUUCAUCCAACGGGUAUUUUCAUUUCGUAUUUCAGGCACUAUCGGGAAAAAGAAGGGUAUUACAUCGUUAUUUUGUAUAUUUCUUACAGAUCAACUAUUUUUUAAGCAGAAUGUACAUAUUGAUAAACCAUGUUGUGGUCUUACUUCUGUCAGAAAUACCAUUUCUAUCGUAUUAGUAAAGGGUGUGUGUCCAGGCGGGCAUUUCAUAAAGCUGUUUGUAAGUUACCAGUGACUAUAUGAAAGACUGGUGACCCUUUUUACAAGCUUAAACAACACCAAUGGAAAUUAAGUGCAUGUGAUUUACCACAAGAAAGAAUCACCAGAAAGGAUCACUGAUGACCCUUUUUACAAGCUUAAACAACACCAAUGGAAAUUAAGUGCAUGUGAUUUACCACAAGAAAGGAUCACCAGUCAUUCAGUCAAUCGCUUGUAAUCAUGCACUUACAAACGGCUUUAAUAAUGAACACCUUACAGCACAUCUCAGACUUGAAACUGUUUUAUUCCACCUGCAAAGAAAAUGUAUGACUCUGUGAGUCUCUCUGUAUACUUUGUUGAUCAGGAAUUCAACAUUUGAGCUACAUUUUUACUCAAAUAAAAGUCAGUGACCGUACAGGGCUUUAUAGACAUGGGGCAGUUCAUUUUUAGGCAGAUUAAUUUCAUUUGAUGAGCAUACAUGUAUGUAUAAUGCAAGGGAAAGAUCUCAUGCUUGGAUUCGCGAAGAUGGGUUCAUGCAUUUUUUAUGUGUGAGCUACAUGUAGUGUUUAAUCCAGUGUGAACACCCAUACUAGAAAAAAAAAUGAUUGCAUGCCUUUGGUAUAGGGUACCAAUUUCAUGCUUGUUGGUAUGGAAUAUUUUGUUUUAGAUCAUGUUUAUGAAAAUGAACCUACGGUUUCUUAAAACCAUAGUAGCAACGGUUAUAAGAUAGCCGCUUUGCCAAACAUAACCUCAGACCUUCCCGAAUGAAUCUAGCUUGGGUUGUAAGCUAGAACCACCUGCAACCUAUAAUUGAUCAUAUAGUGGACCAAGCCCGGAUCAGACACAAUGGCCCGUAUUCUGAACUUCAGUUUGAUUUCAACUCUGGUCUAAAGUUGCGGUUUAACUAUGGAUAGCCAAUGAUGACAUAAAUCUUUAAUAGUAGAGGUUCAUUGUAUCAGCUCAUUUGACUCUCAAAUCAUCCAUAAACUGUCCUGGGGUCCGUUGCAAAAAGUUGCGUUUAAACGCAAGUCAAAAAAUCAAUCGCAAGUCCAAAUUGCACGCAUGAUUUUUAGAGUUGCGAUUGAUUGCAACUCUUUCUGCAACGGGCCCCUGGAAGGAUAGGUAGGAUAAAGGAUAGGGAAAGAUCACACUAAACAUAAGAAUCAUACCAUGUGAAUAAAAUUUUGACAUGUUUGGCUUCCCAUAAUUUUAGCACAGAGUUAGACCUUGGUCUAAGUUAAACCAGAGUUCAGAAUAUGGGCCAAUGAUUUUGAGAGGCCGACUGUUCUGCAAAAACAACAUGGCCUCUGAAAUGGCGGAGAUGCCAAGUUCGAGGACCAGGGCCCUGUCUUACAAAGAGAUGCGAUUGAUCCAAUCAACCACAACUAUGGAAAGCCAGCAAUGUCAACAUCUAAAACUGCAUGUUCUUUAAAAAUAUUUCAUAGAUACAAUGUAUAUUCAUACAUUCAUCAUUUCCUCGAAAAUUCAGUGUGCUUCUCUUUGUUUACAAAUGGCCGUGAGCAUAUUUCCUGUUGAAGAAAUUAUGACAUUGAUGGAUUUCCAUACAGUUAAGGUUGAUCUGGGCCCUGUCUUACAAAGGGUUGCGAUUGAUCCAAUCAAUCAUAACUCUAUGGAAAUCCAUCAGUGUCAUAAUUUUUUCUUUAGGGAAAUGUGCACAAUGUCCUUUGUAAACAAAGGGAAGCACAGUGAAUUUUCAAGAAAACAAUGAAUGCAUGAAUAUACAUCAUACAUGUAGUUAGAAAAUAUUUUGAAUAAACAUGAAUGAUAUAUGUUGAUGUUGCUGGCCAUCCAUAGUUGCGAGUGAUCGGAUUAAUCAUAAUUCUUUGCAAGACGGGGCCCAGAUCAAUAGUAACUCUUCAAAUGAGAUAGGGCCUAGGUAUGCGUGAGAUUUUACAUGACUCAGCAUUAAAUCACAGGCAAUGUUUAUGUAUAUGGGAAUAGGCUGUGAUGUACAUGUAGACAUGAGAAAGGGAUCUGGGUCGCGUUUUACAAAGAGUUGCAAUUGAACCGACCAACCUCAAUUCUAUGGAAAGCCAUCAUUACCAUAAUAUUUUCUACAAGAAACUUGAACAAUGUAUAUUGUAAACAAAGAGAAGCACACUGAAUUGUC